AUGAAGCGGACUGGGUUCACCACCCUACCGUACGGGACUCUGGCCGCCUUUCCCGGAUCCCGCCCGGAACCAGAGCCAGCGAAGAUAAUUAGUGAUAUUCUUCCGCCUCUGAUCCCUGGAUUCCCUUCAACACCAGACCAAAGUUUCUCAAAUCCGGCUCCAACGAUCCAGCCUGCUCGCGCCCCUACGUCCGAUCGCUUGCGCAAGAAUAAAUAUGCCAACGAGGAAGAAAGAAGGAAGGCUAUUAGUCUUGCUUUGAAACAGCGAUGGGCUUCCGGCUCCAUGGAUCAUGUCCACAAAAAGCGCGUAGAAACCCUGAGACGUAAAAAAGAGGCCGAGGGUCUACUUGGCACACCAGGUAUCACCAAACCCUCGCAAAAGACUCCAGCCUCUUCAAAUCGACAGCCCCGUCUUUCGGACCUGGGUUCGUCAGACCGUGAUCGGAAAAGAUCAGGGUUCGCUGAGAAGCUCGCUUUCCUGUUCAACAAGCCUGUUUCCGGUGACCUCGCUGACCUGCUCGCUGGCCCCCGGGGUUACCGGGAAACCUCUGACUCCAUAAGCUGGGGUGGUUCCGUUACCUCAGAUGCCGACGUGCUAAACGAUAACACGGAACCUAGCGAUAAUGCUAUGCUCAAGAAGACGAGACCUGCCCUUGGCUCGACGCUGAACAAGGGAAAUAACGGUGAUGUCGAGAGCGAAGGGGAUAGCGGGGAUUCGUCUAGUGCUUCGAGUAUCUCGAAGGAUGCUGAAGUCAACGAUGAGGUCAGUGACGAUGGGGACGAUGAGCCGGACAAGGGGAAAGAAGCCAUUGUCCAGCCUAUCAUAAUGGCCGCCCCAGACCGCGCUUAUACUAGAUGGAAAGGCGAAGACGGAUCCUUGCUGCUGACCCAUGGUGUUCUUAUUCCGGAAGGCUACCAGUUCUCGACAUCUACUCCGGGGCAUCCCUGGCGCAAGCAUCGAGGUGCACAGUUGCACGACAAUGAGGAUGGCACUCUUUCAGAACGCCAUGUCGGCCUUUUACGCCGGAUAGGCGGCCAGGCGUCGGCCCCGAAACCGGCCAUCGUCGUUUCCCGGGGGCCUCCCGACCCUUCGGACCCUCCAGCGGUGGAGCCUUCCUAUCCACCCUCCGGCCCUAGGGAGUCGGCCGGGUAUGUUCAGAACGUGGGCACGGGGGGCAUACUAGAGAGCGGAUUAAACGCAGACACCCCAACAUCGUCAACCGCAGACGGUCAAGGGUCGAAGCGGGAAGGCGGCGGCGCCCUCUGGAGCUACCUUCAACCACAUCUGGUCAAGCACAAGGGGCCCAACAUUCCUAGAUCAGGAUGGGUCCCGCAGCUGAUCACGUUGCCCAAGGUCCGCGAUAUCGACUGGAAUACCGCUUGGCUAACCACACACCCGUUCAACGACACGAAUCCCCGCGAUAUUUCAGCUCUCAUAAUUCAAGUGACCGGGGAGCUUGCGCCGGAGCCAUGCGAGAGAUGCAGGAAUAACAUCGGUCCCUUCCGUUCUUGCAUCAUGAUAUCUUCCAAAGCUGAUAGCGGCCCGCUUCGCUCUGUCUUUGCCUGCGCAAAUUGCUUUUAUCACUUUGGCCAAUCGAAAUGUAGCCAUAAGCAAUGGGGUGCGGAACGAGCGAGCCGAAUCUUAGAUCGCGAAGUCACAGUCGAUCCGCCGAUCGAGCCUCUUGAGGAGAUGGCAGAGGAUGAAGAACUAAGCGAUGACAGUAGCGGCGAGGACGAAGGAGACACGAACGCCCUCUAUGACGAGAACAUGGAGUAUGCCAUGGAUGAGUCCAACGCAGAACCUGUUCUGACACUGGGCGGUGCCCCAACUGGCAUCGACGAGGCUGAACCCGGCAGGCUAUAUAGCAUGUGGCCAGCUGGGUACCAGUUUGACGCAACAAUUCCUGGGAGGCCAUGGCGUGUCCACUUUGCCGCUUGCCUCAACGAUAACCGUGAUGGGACAUUUACGAUCAAGAGCUUUUACCAAGAUAAAGCUGCCGGUCUUGGUAAAGGAGGUAGGAUUCUGAACCAUGCACCUCCUAUCGUCGUCUCCAGGGAUCCUCCCGCUAGAGCCAGUCCUAUAACCAAGCCCCAGCUUCCGAAUUACCUCGCGACUAGAGCGGUACCGGUGAUCAGAGCGCCCAGGAAUAUAAUUCCGCGAGCCAGGCUCGGUGACACAGCGAAUCUUUGGGCCUAUAUCCAGCAACACCUAGUCUCGACGGUAGAGAUACCGCCGUCUACCGCAGUCCGGAAUCUCUUGACGCUACCCAAACAGCGGGAUGUCAAACUCAACACACAUCGCCGGAGCAGGGGCUUUAUCGAAACUAGUUCCCGGGAUGUAUCGGCUUUGAUAAUCCAGGUCACUGGAGACAUGGCCUCAGAGCAAUGCAAACGGUGCCGUCAGGGUAAAGGGCCCUUCGAGGGGUGUGUGGUUGCUUCCCAGGCAACGCACGAAGACACAAAGGCGCGCUACCCCUGCUGUGGCAACUGCUUGUAUGGGGGCUAUAAGCUUAUGUGCACUCUACUCGGCAAGAACCGGGGGAGGAAAACAAGGUCCAACAAGGCGUUGAUUGGGGAUCAGUCACCGGCCGUGGCCGAACCGGGAAUGCUUGGUAGAAGUACCCAGCAAACACCGAUCCUUGACAACAGCGGAGCAUUCACCAGGGGUGAUGCCGCCAGGAAAAAGGAGACGAAGGCUCUCCGGUCAUCGUCCCAACAUGAUGUUCCCAGACCAAAACGGCCAACACCAUCAGCAAUGAUCUCCCAGGGAAAUCUCCAGAGCCAAAAUGAUCUCCUCGAAAUGGAAGACUGGGAAGUAGCCCCAGGCCGCAUCCGCGAAGCGACCGCCACCGAGCCAGACACCAUCGCCUUCUCCAAGCCCUACCUCUCGGCCAUGCCGCCGCAGACGAGCGUGCCCGUGUGCGACGGCGCGGCCUUCCGCGUCGACACGGUGCUGGCAGGCCACGCGCUGGCGCUCGAGCCGGACGCGCACAAGACGCGCCUGUGCAGCGUCCCGGCGGGGAAACUGCGCGUCCGCAUCGGCGACGAGGCAGAGUUCCUCGUGGGGCCCCACGGCAUGUUCAAGGUCAAGCCGGGGGUGCGAUGUGUGGUCAGGAAUGGGCUGUAUUUUGAGGCGGUGGUCCAUACAGUGGUGUUGGGUGGGGGGUAUUAUUGA